AUGAGGUUUGAGUGGUCUUCUACUAGAGCUGUCGAAGAAGGCCCGGUUCAUCACAUCCAACAUCGAUUCAAGGAACGUGUCAGAGUUAUGGGUAGUUGCGACGGGCUUGUCUGCAUCUUGGACCACGACAUUUUGAUAAGUCCAAUUAUUGUGACAAACCCAUCUAUGCGACGGUCUCAAAACCUCCCUCUUUCCAUGACUCAGCUAAAGUAUUUGGACAAUAAGAUGCCACUUCCAAAGGUGUUCCCUUUCCUAGGAUUUGGUAAAGACAAUGUUACAGGAACGUACAAACUAGUUUGGUUACAUGAUGACAAAAGUAACAACAUCUCAUCAUGCGAGGUUUUCGACUUUGAGGUCAAGAAAUGGAGAUCUCUCCGUUCGCUUCCUCCUUCCUCUCAGCGUCUUCAUCACACUUUACCCUUACGUCUUCCUUCUCAUCACCGAUCAAACCUCGCUACUCACAACAACGAUGAUGACAUCGAUACCAAAACAAAGGUCUUAAUUCUAAUCGGUUUCAUCGUUGUUAUCACCGUCUUCUAUCUCUUAGCUAUUGGAUCAAUCGCUUAUAGGGGUUUUCUGAUUCCAGGGAUUUUAGCUUUCUUGUUGGUUAAGCUUAUUGAGAUCAUUCCCGGUGUAGAAUUCGAUUACGCCUCUUCGUAUUUCCAAGGUUUCGUAACCCUAGUAACGAUUAUCUCGAUUGCGGUUGCGGUUAAGCUCUAUGUGAAUUGGAUUCUUGCUUGGGUUGUUGUUGUUGUUGAAUCGGCUUGGGGUAUAACACCGUUGAAGACAAGUAAACGCUUGGUUAAAGGAAUGAAAUGUGCUUCUUUGUCGAUUAUCUUCUUCUUCGCUUCAACGGAAUCGAUUCUCGUUUGGAUUAGUACCUUAGCCGCCUAUGCUCUGCUCAACGAUAAUGAGAAUGGUGGGAAGUCGUGGAAAGGUUCUUUCUUUUUUGUACAGAAUUGGAUCACGUCCGCGUUGCUAACGCUAUUGAUGUUGUAUAAUCUUGUGGCGACUACUGUGAUGUAUAUGUAUUGUAAAGCUGUUCAUGGUGAGCUUGUUGGGGAGAUAGCUGAAGAGUUUGCUAGAGAAUAUGUUAGCUUGCCUUUUGAUGAUGGUAAAGUUCCUCACUUGGUCUCUGUAGCUUACAACAACAUCUGA